CGGCGCGCACUCCCGCUGCCCCGGAUGCGCGCGCGCGCGGACAGAUCCCCUCCUGACUAAUGGGAUCUCUCCUGCGAAGCAGCCCCCACCUCCCUCGCUGCGUCCCUCCGUCCCUCCCCGUUUUUAUUUUGGAAUUGAGGCUGGGCUCCCCCCCCUUUUUCUUUUUUGGUAAAGGAGUUUCUACCCCUCCUUGCGUCAGCCUCACGUCACUUUGCCGGUGGCAGCCCCCGAGCUUUGGGUGCUGGAGCAAGAGGCUGGAGUCGCUCUUAGCAGCGGCGAGGGAAGGAGGAGGGAGACGGCGACAGAGGCGCGUGUGACAGCGCCUGUGAGGGCCGGCGAGGCGAAACGUCCUCUCCCCCCCCCCCACCAACACACACACGCACACACACACACACACGCAUUCCACUCCCUCCCUGCGGUGUUGGCCGACAGAAGCGGGGCAGGAGGGCGGCUGAAUAGGCUGCAGCGGCUGCAGCGGCAGCUCCCCCCAGGGCUCCUAGCCUCGGCAGGUCUCCUCUCGCUCCUCUCUCGUUGCCUCAGAGGGCUUCUCCCCGGCCGACGGAGCCCAGGAGGCGCAGUCGCCGCCUAGGGGCAAGGCAAGAAGGCGGCCGCUGAGGCAAGAAGGCUGCGCGCGGGAGCCUCGACGAUGCCCGAGUGACUGGCUCGUACUCGCCAGAGCCGCGCUGGAUUGAUUGCGUUUUGCGGGCGGGAGGGCGAGCACGAGGCGAGCCGAGCGGGCGGCGGCGGCACCAGCAGCGCCCGCAGCAGCAGGAGCAGGAGCAUCAGCAUGGGGCCCUGGCCCAGGACGUGGUGUUGGCGGCGGCAGCAGCUGCACGGCUCCCCCUGGCCGACGGCGACCCGCUUCUGGAGCUUGUGCUGGCUGGUGCUGGGCGCUUGGCGGGGGCUCGUCGCCUCCGCUUGCCCCGCGUCGUGCACGUGCAGCGCCGAGCAGAUCUGGUGCCUGGAGCCCGCCGGGAACCUCACGUCCUUCCCCGUGCUCGGCAAGAGGAGCGCGCCCGAGAAAGUCACCGACAUUUACAUUGCAAACCAACGGAAAUUAGAAAGCAUAAAUGAAAGUGAUGUCAGAAGCUACGUUGGAUUAAGAAAUUUAACUGUGGUGAAUUCAGGUUUGAAGUUUGUCUCAACCAAAGCUUUCCUGAAAAAUCCCAGCCUGCAUUACAUUAACUUAUCUGGAAACAAGUUUUCAAGUUUGUCCAGAAAGUCUUUCCGCCACCUGAAUUUGACUGAUCUGAUUUUGGAUGGCAAUCCAUUCAAGUGUAGCUGUGACAUUAUGUGGAUCAAGAUAUUUCAAGAGACCAAGUUUCCAAAAACUCAGGACUUCUACUGCAUGAAUGACUUCAACCAGAACAUAUCUCUGAGGGAGAAGCCAGUCGCAAACUGUGGCUUGCCUUCAGUUAGGCUGAACACACAGAACCUCACUGUAAUGGAAGGAAGAAGUGUCACAUUGUACUGUGAGGCUGCUGGAAGUCCAUCACCAAGUAUAACUUGGGUUUUCAAUAAUAUUGUUUCAAAACAUGAGAAUGACACAAAUAAGAACCCAGCUUCCCUAACCAUAAAGAAUAUAUCAUCCAAUGACAGUGGCGUUCAGAUUUCUUGUGUAGCAGAAAACAUUGUGGGCGAAGACCAAGCUUCUGUUGACCUCGUGGUGUUCUUUGCACCAAAUAUCACAUAUCUUGAAAUUCCAUAUCCGGACCACCACUGGUGUAUUCCAUUCAGCGUGAGGGGGAACCCGCAACCUAUCCUGACAUGGUUGCAUGAUGGGGUUAAGUUGAAUGAGUCCGUCUAUAUCUGGACUAAAAUACAUGUUGUAAAUCAAACGGAAUACCAUGGCUGCCUUCAGCUAGACAACCCUACUCAUGUGAACAACGGCGAUUAUACCUUGGUGGCACAGAAUCAAUAUGGAACAGAUGAAGCCAGCAUUUCUGCAUACUUUAUGGAAGAUCCUGGAGGUAAGCAGGAUCCGGAAUGCUGGUCUCCAUUCCCAGAUGAGACAGAUCUUACAGGUAGUUCGUUCUACACCCAUCUUGGUUAUAGUGAGGAUUAUGGAACGCCAACGGAUAAUUUUGAAGAUACUACAAAUAAUAGUAAUCAAGUUACUUCUACGGAUGUUUCCGACAAAAACAAUGAAGAUAGCAUCACUGUCUAUGUUGUAGUGGGGAUUGCAGCAUUAGUGUGCACUGGCUUAGUUAUUUUGCUCAUUAUUCUCAAGUUUGGAAGGCACUCCAAGUUUGGAAUGAAAGGUCCUUCUUCAGUUAUCAGCAAUGACGACGAUUCAGCGAGUCCUCUUCAUCACAUCUCUAAUGGAAGUAACACUCCAUCUUCUUCCGAGGGCGGACCAGAUGCAGUAAUUAUUGGAAUGACAAAGAUUCCCGUAAUUGAAAACCCGCAGUAUUUUGGGAUCACAAAUAGUCAACUCAAGCCCGAUACAUUUGUCCAGCACAUCAAGCGACACAAUAUUGUUCUCAAAAGGGAACUGGGAGAAGGAGCCUUUGGGAAAGUUUUCUUGGCCGAAUGUUAUAAUCUGUGUCAUGAGCAGGAAAAGAUCUUGGUUGCAGUGAAGGCGCUAAAAGAUGCUAGCGAUAAUGCCCGCAAAGACUUCCACCGGGAGGCAGAACUUUUAACUAACUUACAGCAUGAACACAUUGUGAAGUUUUACGGGGUAUGUGUGGAAGGAGAUCCUCUCAUCAUGGUCUUUGAAUACAUGAAGCAUGGAGAUCUUAACAAGUUCCUCAGGGCACAUGGACCUGAUGCAGCUCUGAUGGCUGAAGGGAGUCAUCUAACUGAGCUAACCCAGUCACAGAUGUUACAUAUUGCCCAGCAGAUUGCAGCUGGCAUGGUUUACUUGGCAUCACAGCAUUUUGUGCAUCGUGACCUCGCCACUCGGAAUUGCCUGGUUGGUGAAAACUUACUGGUGAAGAUAGGAGACUUUGGAAUGUCAAGAGAUGUGUAUAGCACAGAUUACUACAGGGUUGGUGGACAUACCAUGUUACCCAUUCGUUGGAUGCCUCCUGAAAGCAUAAUGUACAGAAAAUUCACCACAGAAAGUGAUGUCUGGAGCCUUGGAGUCGUUCUAUGGGAAAUCUUUACCUACGGCAAACAGCCAUGGUAUCAGCUCUCAAACAAUGAGGUAAUUGAGUGUAUUACUCAGGGCCGUGUCCUGCAGCGACCUCGCACCUGCCCAAAGGAAGUCUACGAUCUGAUGUUGGGAUGCUGGCAGCGGGAGCCUCAUAUGAGGCUCAACAUCAAAGAAAUCCACUGCCUCCUUCAGAACUUGGCCAAGGCAUCUCCCGUGUACCUGGAUAUUCUAGGAUAGAAACUCCUGGCACUUCCUCUUACGGAGUGUGUGAAUGAAUGUGUUCAAUUGCCACUAAACUCCAUUAAAAUGUGUUCUCUCAACUCUGACAGUAUUAAAUACAAAGAUAUGGAGGAGCUUUCAAAGGGCAAGCUGUGUGCAUUUCUCCCUCUGUAGACACAGUAUUGACUUUGUGACAUUACUGACAUGUAUCUCUUCUCCCCUCUGUUCUUUCUGUGUCUCUGUCCCUGCCCCUCGAUUUCUAUUCAAUCAGGCUUCUGCAUUAUUAUAACUCUGCAUAGACAAAGGCCUUAAAAAAAAACCUGACCUGUUAUAUCAACAGACACUCAGUUUUGCCCAUCACAACUAACAAUGCCUUGUUGUAUUCAUGCCUUUGACCUGGAUAAAAAAAGGGAAAUUAUGACUUGAACUUUGUGACUUCUGCUGUAUGGAUAUCUGGAGCUUCUAUGGAUUCACCUCUUCGUGUGAUUUGGCAUCUGGGCAGAAAAACCGAAGACUGGUAUUCUCUGUGGGAACCUUGUUGUAGCUGAGAUCAAGCCAGAGGGAACGAAAUCAGCAGAUUGUGUAAUCCACUCUAAAGGAGAAUCUAUAGGAUCAGGUGGCAUCCGAUAUACCACUGUAAUUAUUUGGUGAAUGGGAAGGAAUUCAAUGCUUUCCCCUGGGAAAUGUUUAGAGGAGCAAAGGCACAUCUAAGUGUGCCGCCAUUUUUGCAUUGAUAGAUGCAUCAAUGUGGUCUGUGUAAAAGGCGUUGCCAAGACUUCCCAGAAUUGCAUAGCAAUAUGCUCAGCUAGGAAUCUCCAGCCUUGUUUAACCAUAGGGAUUUCGGAUGUCUCGGAAUACUAGCUGAUGGGAAUCACACAUGCGGAGCUGCUGUUCUUAGUUCCUGUUUGUGGGCUUCUCCCAGGCAUCUGGUUGGCCACUGUGAGAACAGGAUGCUAGACUAAGACAGGUAUUGGGCCUGAUUCUGAUAAGCUCGUUCUGUUGUGAUGCCACUGGUACAAUUGUUCUCCCGUGAGCCUUUGAUAAUGCAGGCGAGGGCUGAGGUAUAUUAAAGUGUAGUAUAAUUACCAAGGCCAAUUCCUAAAAUACGAAUGCUUCAGUAAGAUAGGAGGGAAGCUUUUCUUGUAUGAUGCUGUUUAGACAGCGAGCCCCUGCUGUUGCCCCCCCUCCCCUUCCCCUUCUCCCUGUGCAAACCCCAACUCAGCAUGGCCCCUGUUGAUUAAUACCCAGCAAUUUGUGCUGAAAACAGUUGCUCAUCUCAUUGUGCACCCAAAUAGGCGUAGCAAAUUCAUGACGGAAAACAUAUAUUUAGUUGUAGGAAGGUCGUUAGCUACAUUCAAACAUCUAUACAUUGUUGCAGGCGCAAGAGGCUGGUACUGAAGAUUUUGUAUGGCAUUUGUGAGAAAACAGGUCCAAAAAGUCUCUAGAGAAACGACAGUACGGUUAUUAACUUUGUGAAUGAUUAAGAUUCAGAGUUCGCACUAGUGUCUGCUUGAUGAAGUGGUGGUAUUCCAGUCUUUUUUUUAUUUAAGAUCGACAGGCAUAGUGUGUUUACACUUUUCAUCAUGGCUGCUGGGUUCAAGAAGGCAAGCUCGCGACACACAAAUGUGAAAGGUUUAGGAUGUGCAUGUCAGGUAAUUUUUAUUAUAAACCCUUAAGAUGAGAUAAAAUCAAAGUCAGUUCCUACCUUUGUGGAGAAAGUGCUGCAAAAAAAAAUAGGGGUUAUUUUUUACUAAAACAAAUGGGGUCAUAAACGCACAGCUUGUCAAUGUUUUAUUGUCGUUUUAUUUUUAAA